AUGACAAUAGAGCGGGUGAAAGCAUGUGGUGCGACGACGGUGUUGAACGUUCGAUCCGUGAGUGAAUGCGACCAGGAGGUUGACAAUGAAAUCAAGAAUAUCUUAUCGGCAUCAUCUGAUAAAGAGGUGGAUCGAUUGCGAGAUUGUAAACUCGUAAACACGUGUAAACAGAAACAAGGAAGCAAUAAACAAUUGGGCAGACCAGUCACGUUUCACUUGCCAAUGCCCAGCGAUGAUAAUGUGGAUGAGGACUGCACGAGUAGUGAUGAGCUGGGGUAG